UCCUGCAUUAUAACGUAAUUUUUAUUGUUUAUGAAAGUAAAAAUUAUACUUAUAGUUUUAGGGUGGCUGAGAUCACAGACGGGGGGCUAAAGCAACCCUAAAAAAGGUCUAGAACCGCCCCUGGUGUACAUACACUUGUUCCAGCAUAUUCUUAUCUCUGACACUGGGGAGUGUUGCAGACAUUACACGUUGUAAAACUGACACCAAAAGUCAAAACAGAUAUCCAGUGGUUACACCCACGUGAUACUCUGAAAUCCCAUACGAUGGCUUUGAAAAAACUAAACAAUCCUCAUUAAUCUGUCAGUUUAUCCUACUGUACGAGCUGAAGGACUGAAUAUUUCUGAGCACCAUCUAGCAUGUUUAACAGCUGUGGGCGUCGGUGUCGGUCAGCCUGUGCAUGCUGCUGUAAGGAAAAUGCCAACAGGACAGAAACGCAGUACAUGUUUGGUCUGGUGAGUGUAAUAGACCAAAUAUAUACAGCAAUGGUCAAUGGGAAUGGGGAGUCUUUGAGAGGCACCAACAUUGACAGUAUAUCCCACAGUAUUGGCACCGUAAGAAAUGUGUCCAUUCAAAUUACCAAUUUCACAGACAGGUACACCUUAUCAAACCCAAGGACCUACACAAGCAGUGGAUAUUGUCUUAAUCCUCCUCAGCCUACAGUAGCAAGAAAGACCAGUGAAGCCUGCUCCUUUACCAAAACACAAUUUUCGGCACGUGGUUCUGUUGGAGUCCUGGCAUACGAGAUCCUUAACGAUGAAGAGGUCUUUGUCGGGGAACUUGUCAUAAUGUUUUCUGUGCCUUAUGACUACGUUUGGUAUAAUAACCAUUUAGCUCUUGGUAUUUUUGAAAAGCACAUUUCAUGUAAUUCUCAGCUGUUUUAUAACAUGUAUUACACGGAUGGUCCAUUCACCAGGGAAAUGGCUACAGGAAGUGAAGUCAUGUAUUCUGGACAAGGAAUCCGUGUGAAGGGAACAAUGUCUCCUGCAGGCAAGGCAAUAAUGAAAGUUGAAUUUCGAGAUUUGUAAUCACCAAAACUAGACAGACAUGAGCAAAACACUGCAGAUUCAACAUCAGGGGGUCAGUGAAGGAUGAACAUACUUUAGAUCCGGUAGCAGCGAGAAUGUAAGACCAUGUUAUUGUUCUGUAUAAAUAUAGUGAUGGAUGAACACUAGUUCAGAAAGGUUUAUGGCACUGUUGAUGAUUAAGGCUGAAGAAUGAAUUUGUAUUUACAUUUUUUUCCACCCACUACUACUUUCAGUAAUAUUUUUGCAGUUAUUGCAGUUUUCUAGUUAAAGUGAAAGAUUGUUAAAGUAAAAGAUAUUGAUACUAUGAAUUGUGUCAUUAUUAUGAUUCUUUUAAAACUCAGUACUUAAUCUCAUCAAGCAUCGCUUAAAACACAAUAUCUGAUUUUUAAUAGCUGUCGCACUUUUUUGUUGACUUUUGUGCAUACUUCAUCACUGUACAUAGCAUUUAAAGUUAAAAUUUUUCAAUUUGUUUUGUAUAUUUUUACUUCAUUGUACAAACAUUAAAUAAAAAUUAGAUAAAGUGUCUCUAUACUUGUUUUUAAUUUACUACAACUACAUGAUUACAAAAACAAAAUGGAGAUGGUUAAAGCAUUUAAACAAUCCAGUAAUUCAUAGAAUGUCUGUUUUGUUUGAUCAUUUUGUUUAUAUGUUUGUUUUUUUAUAUAUUUUUUAUGGUAAUCUGUUUUAUUAUUUCCCUUCUGUGAGUGUUGGGCCUGUUUGUGUUGGCUGUUUCUGUAUGUGAAUAUUUCUUUGUUUGAUUUUAUGUAUAGCACUUUGAGUUGUGUAUAGGGAAGUGUAUUAUAAAUAUGAGUAAUUCUAAUAAAAAAUACAGUAUUAAGUGCAA